CGAACACUUUAUAGUCAAGCACAAAGCCCAACCAAGACGGGCUUGAUUAUAAGUUUUGCUUGUGCCAAGCAGCAUCAACGCUUUAUCAAGCAUGAAGCGGAAGAUAGUUAUACAGGUGCCCCUGAGCUGUGAGAGUUGCAGAAGCAAGGCCCUGAAAAUCGCGUCAAAGGCUACAGGUCGGGUGAAUUCGGUGGCGCUAGAAGGAGCAGAUAGGGAUCGAGUGGUGGUGGUCGGAGAAGAUGUGGAUUCGGUGUGUUUGGCUAAGGAUUUGAGGAAGAAGUUCGGCCAUGCCACCAUUGUAAGUGUAGAAGAAGUGAAAGAGAAGAAAGAAGAA